CAUUAAUCUGAUAUCACAAUAAAAGCUGCAGUAGGGCGGAUCUGAUCUGAUUCACUCCGCUCUGCUUGGAACACAAGGUGCUGCAAUGGAAUCAGAAGAAGACCGACAGGUACGGAACCCUGAUUCUGCACUAAACCAUGAUCCCAUACAGAACCCAGAUCCUGUACGGAGCCCCGAUCCUGUUCAUCCUGCAGACCCAAAGAUCUGCAGAGACGCGAGGACGGGAACCUGCACCACCUCAGGCGGGAGAACGUCGGGCUCCGCGGGACACGUCCCCCCUGCGGACCAACAGAACAGAAGGUUCCAGAAAAAGCCGGUGAAAAUAGAAGCGCCCAAAUACGACGAGGAGGACGAGGACGAGGAAGAAGAGCUCGAGGACGACGAUCCUGAGGAUGAAGACUACGUCUACGGAGGGACGUCGAGCUCGGCCAGACGCGCCGCCGCCGUGGACCAGCAGGACGGAGAAUCGCAGACGGCGAAACGAGUCAAAGUGGAAGAACCUGAAGCUAACGAGGAACCUGACGAGGAGGAGGAGGAGGACGAGGAUGAUGAAGACUUCUUCUACUGCGAGGAGUGUAAGAGCUUCUUCAUGAACAAGUGUGAGGUCCAUGGUCCUCCCCUCUUCAUCCUCGACACCCCCGUCGCCAUCGGGACCGCCAACCGAGCCAGGCAGACCCUCCCGCACGGCCUGGAGGUUCGGAAGUCCGGCAUUCCCGACGCCGGGCAGGGGGUGUUCAAUAAGGGCGAGACCAUUCUGGUUGGUGCGCACUUCGGACCGUACCAGGGAGAACUGGUGGGUCGAGAGGAAGCCCUGAACAGCGCCUACUCCUGGGGGAUCCACAAGAACGGGCGCUGUGAGGAAUACAUCGACGGGAAGAAAGAGAUGCACUCAAACUGGAUGAGGUACGUGAACUGCGCUCGUAACGAUGAAGAGAAGAACCUGGUGGCGUUCCAGUAUCGAGGAGGGAUUCUGUACCGCUGCUGUCGACCCAUCGAGGCGGGACAGGAGCUGCUGGUGUGGUACGACGAGCUGUACGCCAAAAACCUGGGCUUCAUGUUCUACUACAUCUGGAACAAGAAGUGCUCUGCCAGCGCAUUAAACGACGCCCUGUUUUCCAUCUUCUCCUCCUCCACCAGCACCCUGAGUGCGCUCUCUCAGAAGAGCCUCCACGAGGAGUACAUCAAACUCCUAAAAUCAGGAGAGAUCAAACAGAAGAGUCUGAUCUCUGCCAAGCUCUCAGCCAAAAGCUUCCCGAGGAGCUCGCCCAGGGCCUCCACCAGAACCUGCACCAAGAGCUCCACCAGCCAGCCGGCGUCCUCCGGCUCCCCCGACACUAACGCCUCUCCGGGCCAGACGCAGAAGUUCCACAUCUGCUCCGACUGCGGGAAGAGUUUCAAUCAGUGGAGCACCCUGAAGAAGCACCAGCUCAUUCACAGCGGAGAGAAGCUGCACAAGUGCCCGGACUGCGGGAAGUGCUUCAACUACCGCAAGAACCUCCGCAAGCACCAGCGCAUUCACACCGGACUGAAGCCGCACAAGUGCCCGCAGUGCGAGAAGUGCUUCGCGCAGAAGAACGACCUCCAGCGGCACCAGCGCAUUCACACCGGAGAGAAGCCGUACGAGUGCCUGUACUGCGAGAAGAGCUUCGCCGAGCGCAGUCACCUGCAGACGCACCUACACAUGCACCUGGGGGAGAAGCUCUAUCACUGCCUGGAGUGCGGCAAGAGCUUCACCUACCAGAAGACGCUCCAGAAGCACAAGCGCAUUCACACGGGAGUGAAGCCGCACCGGUGCUCGGAGUGCGAGAAGUGCUUCGCGCAGAAGAGCGACCUCCAGCGGCACCAGCGCACUCACACCGGAGAGAAACCCUUCCAGUGCCAGCACUGCGGCAUGGGUUUCACCGACCCCAGUGCCCGGCAGCGGCAUGAGCGCAUUCACACCGGAGAGAAACCCUACCAGUGCCAAGAGUGCGGCAAGAGCUUCACCAAGAUCAGCACGCUCAGGACGCACGAGCGCAUUCACACCGGAGAGAAGCCGUACCAGUGCCAGCACUGCGGCAUGAGCUUCAGCGACGCCAGCGCCCGCCAGCGGCACGAACGCACUCACACCGGGGAGAAGCCGUACCAGUGUUUACAGUGCGAGAAAAGCUUUACCCGGGCGAAUGCCCUCCGCUCACACCGCUGCGUGUUUUAAUCGAGAGCGUAUACCGGUUCUGAUAGGUGUAUAGUUUUCUGUUUGGGAGGCGUCGAUUAGGACAGUAUUCCAGACAAACUGUGGAGUUUUGGGGGCCUUGCUCAAGACCCAACCAGUGGAAGAUUGGUGGUGGUGGUGGGGCCUAAAUAUACUACCAUCCAAUCAAUAGUCUAGCAUUUAUACCACCAGGAUCUGCCCCAAUGCAGUCAGUCGUUCAGCGGCUUAAGCACUGAGCCACAUGAAACAGACCUAAGGGCCCUGCUCAUGACAUUUCAAUCUGUAGUCUCAAUCAAAUCAAGAGUGGUUAAGGGCCUUGAUCAAGGCCCCAGCUGUGGCAGCUUGGUGGUGGUGUGACUUAAACCUGCAACCUUCUAAUCGGUAGCCCAGUAUCUAAACCAUCUGUGCCACUGAGCCAUCAAUGCCCACAUGAUAUCGGGCGAUAAAGGGUUAAGGGCCUUGCUCAAGGGUCCCAACAGUGGCAGUUUGGUGGUAGACUGGAAUCCACAACCAUUCUAUCACUACUCUGGAGUCUAAACUAAGCUAAGAAAGGUUUUGCUCAGCGGUGGGGUUUAAACCUGUAAUCUUUCCAUCAUUAAUCAGUAUUUAAAAUGCCGAGCCGCCACCCGGACGUGUGAGAUGAAGUAAAAUAAAACGUGCUUUUAUUAUUACUGCCUUUUAAACUGAGAAUCUGUGCGAACUGUGUUCUGUAUUUUUGCUUUUUUUGACCUCUUGUUGAGGCCCGAAACGAAGAAAAUAGACGACAAGUAUUAUUCCGUUUGUAUAUUUUAGUUUUAGAGAUCCAGUAUGAAUUAUAGAGGUCGAUGUGAUUGUUGUCUUGUUUUUUUUUUUGGAGGGGAUGGAGGGGUGGUAAGAACAUCUAGUACUGUUCCUUAGGCUGUAUUGAAUUGCGACGAACCUCAAAGCAGAAGCCACAUCAUGUCUCUCGAUUAUGACUAUUAGACAUUAAAUACAAGCGGGCCAGAUUUUUUGUAUUAAUUUGUAUUAAUACUGUUCGAUCUGACUCGUCACAAAUCCCUAAUUUUUGUAUUCUAGGAGACGUUUAGUGUUUAGCUGAAUGUGGUCUGUUCACAGUCAGUUCUUGUUAAAAUAUUAAACUCCAUGAAUGUUAAGUACUUCAAGUUCUCUCCGUGUAAAGCUGUUUCUUGUUUCUGUUGCUGAAUGAACUAGCAUUAUGUAACUACGUAGAGGAAUUCUGAACAUUAUUUGUGGAUAAAUGAUCCUCGCUGCGUUUGGAGAAACACUAAUACACGUGUGUGUCACCAAUUUUAAUAAAUCAAGACUUCUCUUUGAAA